UUCGCUAAACCAUUGGUUGCUGCGGCCGCCCGCGUGCGAACUUACACUUUUCCAAGAGUCUCCGGCGGCUAACCGAUGGUGGACCGGACACCCACUACGGGCUCCGAUAUUGGACACCUACUACGGGCUCCGAUAUUAUUAUAUCUUUGACGAGGCAAAUUUAGUGACCGUCGUAGCGAAAAAAAAAUUAGCGACAGCGUCAUUGCCCACGAUCACUCGGGAGAACUCAGCGCCCAUCCCACACGUACAUAUACAGACAGGAUCACGGGGCGUCAGGGGAUAGACAUAGACAAGACAAGAGACCGGCCGGAGAAGAUGAGCAAGGUAUGCGUCACCGGAGCUGCAGGGUACAUCGCGUCCUGGCUCGUCAAGAAGCUCCUCGAGAGAGGCUGCACCGUCCACGGGACCCUGCGGAACCUCGGGGAUGAGAAGAAGACGGAGGUAAUGAGGGGGCUCCCCGGCGCGGCGGAGCGGCUGGUGCUGUUCGAGGCGGACAUCUACGACGCCGCCUCCUUCGAGCCGGCCAUCCAGGGCUGCGAGUUCGUCUUCCUCGUCGCCACCCCGCUGCAGCACAACUCCGGCAGCUCCAAGUACAAGGAUACCACCGACGCGAUCGAGGACGCGACGCGUGCCAUCCUACAACAGUGCGAGCGAUCCAAGUCAGUGAGACGUGUCAUCAGCACGGGGUCCGUUAUCACGGCGUCGCCGCUCCGCGAGGACGGGAAAGGGUACAAAGAGUUUGCCAAUGAGUCUUGCUGGACCCCGCUCGGCCUGCCCAUUGAUCACAGCAACGAAUUCAUGGACGAUUACCUUUCCUCUAAGUGCAUUGCUGAGAAGGAGCUAGUCAAGUACAACGACAGCCCCUCGGAGAGCAGAGCGUUCGACGUCGUCGUCCUGUUACUGGGCCUCGUAGGAGGAGACACCCUCCUGCCGUACAUCAACGAGAGCCAGCACUUCAUGCUGUCGCCUUUCACCGGCAUCGAGCCUUACCACAACGCCCUCAGGUACACGCAGGCCCUCCUGGGCUCCGUGCCGGUGGUGCAUGUCGACGACGUCUGCGAGGCGCACGUCUUCUGCAUGGAGCGCCACCGCGACGUCGCCGUCGGCCGGUACCUCUGCGCCACCGCGCACCCCAACAUGCAGGAUCUGGUGGAGCACUACGCGAGCAACCACCCAGAGCUCAAACUAGCGCGGAAAGAGGUGGUGGGAGAGGGAGUCCGAGUGCAGGCCAACACGAACAAGCUUGUGGAGCUGGGGUUCAAGUUUAAGUACCGGGCAGAGGAGGUGCUUGAUGGCAGUGUGGAUUGCGGGAAAAAGUUAGGAGUGCUGUCAGUGGCGGAUCAAGGAUCCUAAAAAAAGAUCUAACGGAGGAGAAGCCUCGUGAACAGUAUAUUCAAGCAGAGCCCACACGGAUGAGCUACCCAAAUUUGCUCAAGAGUGGAAGCUGGUUAAUAUGGAUGUGCCACCACUGUGUCAAGUUAUCUUUUAGAUGUUAUAUGUUCGUGUUCUUGUAUUUUCUUUCUUGAAACUCAAUGAAGUUGUGGUAUCUUCCUUUGGCGGUUAGUUUGGGUUGGUCACAUGAGUUGUUUCUAUUAAGAGUCUGAAAGAACGUAUGUUGGAAACGAUUUUUUUACCCC